CGUGACUGUCGGCCGGUCUCCUUAGUCAACUGCUGGUCGUCGACCAGGUGCACACGUAUCAAGUAAAAUGCGGCAUAGUGAAAAAGAAACAUAAUCUAAGAUUAAUUUUGGACAAACGAACGUGGCUUCCAUAUAUUUACUACUGUCGUGUUCUCUCACCAUGGUCCUCACUCUGUACGGCGUGGAGCCCAGCCCACAGGUCCGUGCGGUACGCAUGGCAUGCAAGGCCAUGGAAAUCAAGUACGUCUUUAAAGCCGUUGAUAUAGUGAGCGGUGACCUAAAGACGCCGGAAAUGAUGAAGAUGAAUCCAGAAGGCAACGUUCCAUUUAUCGUGGAUGAAGAUUACGUUCUUUGCGACAGCCACGCCAUCGUCACGUACCUUGCUGAUAAGUUUGGUAACGACAGGUGGUACCCAAAGGAUAUUAAGCAGAGGAAAAACAUCCAGCAACUACUUCAAUUCAACAACACGAUGCUUAACAUGAGGCUCAAAGACAUAAUGGCACCUUUGGUACAUGAAAACGUUCUCGUGAUACCACCAGAGAAGAUGCGUGGGCUGCAGGAGAGUUUGACCUUAAUGGAGUCCCUCAUCCACGACGAAGGCUGGCUUGCCGGCAGUCACCCCACCAUCGCAGACUGCUGCUGUGCUGCGAACGUCUCCUGUUGCGUAGGUAUAUUUCCGGAACUGAAAAUGCCUCCAAAGGUUGCUUCCUGGCUGUGGCGAUGCGCAAAGGAACUCCCAGGCUACGACGAGCUCAGCACCUUCAACAUCAAAGAAAUACUUGCCGAAGUUGCUCAAAGAAUGGGUUAAAAAUAUGGGUGGCUGAAUUUUAAUUUUUUGGCUCGUGUACAAAUGGUCGUUGACACAGUGUGCGGAGGGCUAAUUGUGAUUUGUAAAUUGAGUAUUAAAUAAAUGUUUACUUUUAUGAGAUUUUGACAUA